GGCUCCAGGUAUCGUUGAAAGAGUCCUCUUUCUGUAGGAAGUCUUCAGAGUGAACCGCUUGAUUUUCCCCUUUUUCCUCUUGGAAGCGACCAUGGAUUCCAUGGAUCCUGCCGUGUUGCGGUAUGGCACCUCGAUACUUCAAGCAGGCACUCUGUUGAAGCUGAUCUCUCUGUUGGUUUCCUUCCUUGCGUCCGGGCCCAUCCAGCCCAUCCACUUGAGGGCCACUUGUGAAAAGUACCACAAGCAGAUCCAAAAAUGGUGGAAGCGCCGAGAUGCCGACGGUCGCAAUGAACGGGAACUGGAUGAGAUACGCUGCGUCUGGACUCGUCGUAUUUGGAGGGUCGUCUUUGUUCUCUCCAUGUAUCGCCUGACCCUCCGACAAGUUAGUUCCCGCUACAACGCGGACGUCGAAUCCUAUGAUCUCAGCAAUUUCCUGGCGGCCACUCUUGGCCUGUUGUGGUUUUCAGUCCCUGGCCUCAUAAAUCCAAGAAGCCAAGACGUUUUGUACGUGGCCACGAUGUUGAGCGCAGAUGCUGCCUUUUUGCUUCAAUUACCGGAAGUAGAUGUCCGAACUGUGAUCAGUCACACCUUCGCAGCACGCUUCGUGUAUGCAGUCCUUGCCAAACGGAUUGGCUGCGUGGUGUUUUGCUUCUUAGUCCACUUGCUCCAAGCAAUCCAGAUGGGCAUAUCACAAGCAGAUCCUCCAGGAGUUGCUUACUCUCCCGGAGCUCUCAUUCCCAUGUUUCUGCUGAUGUUUGUUGGCAUCGUUGCUGUUAGGGGGCUGGUGCGUGAGAAUGUGAUUCUCAAGAUGGACUUGCAAAAGAGGGUGGUGGAACUGGGCGCAGUCUCCUCCCUAUUGACUGCAUGUUAUGAUGCGGUGGUAGAGGUGGAUCAGAAUUUGUGUCUCACUCAGCAUUCACGGCAACUCUCAUCAAUGCUUCUGCAAAUCUCACCAAAAGCUGGUGGGUUGUCAGGGAAAUCCUUGCUCGACUUCUUUGCUGAAGGAGACAGAGCGAGAAUUUCGGAGCAAGUUCUCAGUUCAAUCAGUUCCGACUCUGAGAACAUUUCUGUAGUGGCAAUGAAUGCGGACAUGUUGGAUUCUGAUUUCAAUCAUGUGAUUGUGGAGCUGUUCUGCGCACAGUUCAAUAAUUUGGCCAAUGAGAGGUGCUUUCUCGUGGGUCUGCGAGAGAUUCAAGACGUGGAACAUUUGAAACCUUGUGCCCCAGCACAAGGCCACGACAGGGAAGACCUGGAAGGCAAGGAAGGCCAUGAGGAUCUACUUGCGGUGUAUGAUGUGUACACACUUGACCUUCAUAUCAUGAAUCCCGCCCUGCAGCAGCUUUGCCGACCAUACUUGGGGGACACCAUCCCCGACAGCAUUUUGGACCUUGCGAGCCACGACUCGCGAUUAUGGCUAGACCAACAAUAGCAGAACUUGGCGAAUGCGUUUGCUGCACAGGCUUCAGAUGCUUCAAAACACAACAGCCCAGUCUGCGUAACCUUUGACUUUUUGGGACGGAGUGAGGCGAAAGCAUUUGUGACCUUCGAACACGACCAGGUUCUUGAAGCUUGGGUUGCAAGCAUGGACAUUCAUCUUGAACCUACCCGCCUUCCACAUUUUUCGCAUGCCAACUUGACCAAGUCAAACCUCCAAACAUUGCAUAGUUUGGCGGUUGAAGAUUCACUCGCUGCCCAAGUCGCCCAAGUCGGCCAUGCCCUUCAGCGCCUUCCACGCCGUCAACAAAGUCACUUGAGUCGUUCAAGUCGUUCAAGUCGUUCUCAAGCAUCGUCAGGGCGUUCCGGUUCCAAGUCUGGGUUUGGGUCUCCACAUAGCAAGACAGGCAAGUCCGUGGGCGCCAUCAGCAACUUGCGCAUGGACCAUGAUGACUGCCAUGACGUGAUCAUCACCAAGCUCCCACUGUGACCUGAGACAGCGAAGUUGUAAAGGUUCCGAUACGUAGUGGACGUAGGACGUAGGCUUUCAAUAUCUUUCAAUUUUAAUCAUAGACGAUUAAGACGGCUCAAGGCCGCAGAUCUGUUUCACUGGCGAAAGCUUGGGAAGAGUCGAAAA